AAUGGACAAUCUCGCAGAGAACGAUUAUCCCCCGUCAGUUGAUGAAAUUCGAAAUUGGUCAGAAUCUUUCGAUUCAUUAAUGUCAAGUACUUCGGGUCGAAGGGUGUUCCGAGACUUUUUACGGUCAGAAUACAGCGAAGAAAAUAUGCUUUUCUGGCUCGCAUGUGAAGAAUUAAAGCGAGAAAAUAGUCCAGAGGUGGUAGAGGAGAAGGCGAGACUAAUAUACGAAGAUUAUAUUUCGAUAUUAUCGCCGAAAGAGGUUAGCCUAGAUUCCAGAGUGCGAGAAGUUAUUAACAGAAAUAUGGUUGAUCCUUCUCCAAACACGUUCGACGAGGCUCAAUUACAAAUUUAUACUCUGAUGCAUAGAGACUCGUAUCCCCGAUUUCUCAAUUCUACUAUGUAUAAAAAGAUGAGAGAAGAGCGACGUACGAGCCCAAACGAUUAA